AUGAAAAAUGUUUUGCAAUUGCUGUUAAUAAAGUUUGUUCAAUAUAGUUUAUUGUGCUUAAAGCGAAAUUAAAGUGUUGUUGAGUUUAAAUUAGGAAUCUUGAAACAAGGUUUGCUUUAAGUGAACAUACCAUACUUGAACUGUUUUUACUUUCAAUUUCAUGAAGAAAUCAGAUCAGCUAAUAUCUGGGAUUGCUGA